AUGCUCCUCGACAAUGGAGCAGACGUCAACGCUCAGGGUGGCCGCCAUGGCAACGCCCUUCAAGCUGCUUCAUUAGAAGGCCACAAGGAGGUCAUCCAGAUGCUCCUCAACAAAGGAGCAGACGUCAACGCCCAGGGUGGCCGCUUCGGCAAUGCUCUUCGAGCUGCUUUAAUUGAAGGGGACAGGGAGGUCAUCCAGAUGCUUCUCGACAAGGGAGCUGACAUCACGGUCGCCACCAAGGACGGACUCAUACCACUUGUUUCAGCCUCAGCUAACGGCUAUCUUAAGGUAGUCGAGCUGCUUCUCGACAGAGGGGCUGACAUCACAGUUGCUGAUAAGGCUGGGCGGACACCACUCAUUUCGGCCUCAGACUCCGGCCAUCUUGAGGUGGUCAAGCUGCUUCUUGACAGGGGGGCUGACAUCACGAUUGCUGAUGAGGGCGGGUGGACACCACUCAAUGCAGCAUCAUACUCCGGUCAUCUUGAGGUGGUCAAGCUGCUUCUUGACACGGGGGCUGACAUUACGGUUGCUAAUAAGGACAGGUGGACACCACUUAAUGCAGCAUCAGACUCCGGCCAUCUUGAGGUGGUUAAGCUGCUUCUUGACAGGGGGGCUGACAUCACAAUUGCUAAUAAGGACGGGUGGACACCACUUAUUUCGGCAUUAGACUCCGGCCAUCUUGAGGUGGUCAAGCUGCUUCUUGACAGGGGGGCUGACAUUACGGUUGCUGAUAAGGACGGGUGGACACCACUUAUUUCGGCAUCAGACUCCGGCCAUCUUGAGGUGGUCAAGCUGCUUCUCAACAAGGGAGCAGACGUCUAUAGUAUAGACAACGAUGGUCGCACAGCUCUUUUCCACGCAGCGAUGCGAGGACAUCACCAAACUGUGCUGAUUUUGCUCUCCAAGAAGGCACUGGUGAACUCUGAAGACUGUCACAACGCAGGACCACUGAUUCUAGCCUCAAGAAAUGGACACGGAGACACAGUAGAGCUUUUGGCUGCAGAAUAUAGACACGAAAGCAUUGUCAAGAUGCUCCUCGACACAAGGAAUGUCGACGUCGACUCACAAGACAAAUGCAAUCGAUCGCCACUCUCGUGGGCUGCAGAGUAUGGACAUGAAAGCGUCAUCAAGAUGCUCCUUGACACAGGGAAGAUUGAAGUUGACUCACGAGACAACAAUAAUCAAUCGCCGCUUUUAUGGGCUGCAAAAAAUGGACACGAAAGCGUCGUCAAGCUGCUCCUCGACACAGGGAAGGUCGAAGUUGACUCAAAAGACGCAAAGUAUAGCCAGACGCCGUUAUCGUGGGCUGCAGAAAAUGGACACGAAAGCAUUGUCAAGAUGCUCCUCAACACAAGGAAUGUCGACGUCGACUCACAAGACAAAUGCAAUCGAUCGCCACUCUCGUGGGCUACAGGACGUGGACACAAAAGCGUCGUCAAGCUGCUCCUGGACACAGGCAAGGUUGAAGUCGACUUAAAAGACGCAUGGUUUAGCCAGACGCCGUUAUCGUGGGCUGCAGAAAAUGGACACAAAAGCGUCGUCAAGCUGCUCCUCAACACAGGGAAGGUCGACGUCGACUCAAGAGACAGGGAUAAUCGAUCACCACUCUCUUGGGCGGCAAGCAAUGGACAUGAGGCUGUGGUAAACUUGAUGCUCGGCACAAGUAAGGUCAAUGUUGACUUGAUAGACACAGAGGGCCGCACAGCACUUUCCUGGGCUGCCAGGAAAGGCAAGGAAAACACAGUUUCAUUGCUCGUUCAGAACAGCAAUAUGAGUAUCAACUAUCGCGAUAACUGUGGCUACACGCCACUCAUGUGGGCACUGGCACGAUCCCACCACACAGUGGUAGAGAUACUCAGCCGUAGUGGAAACCUAGCAGACGACUUUUACAAAGAACGGCUGGCUUUGCACGCAUUCAACUUCAUGUCGGCCGCUGAAUUGGAGAAAUUCAUAGUCCAUAUUGCUCCCAAAGACCCCCGCAACCAUGACGCCAGGCAGCAACACCCCCCUUUCCGACGCCGAGCCCCGCCUCUCCACCUGGCUCAUGACGCGCGACGAGGCCCUCGUGCCUUCGUCGAGAACCCCUUCCACCUCCUCCCCAUCAUCCUCUUCCCCGCGGCACAAGCCGUCGUCGACGCCCGCGGCCCCGGCGCGCCGGACGCUGACAUCACCGACUACAACAAGAUCCUCGGCCUAGACCGCCUCUUCCGCGACGCCCUGGUCGACUUCCCGCUCUUCCUCCGCCCGGACGGGCCCAUUGCGCCCACCGCGCCGCAACAAUUUGCCCUGCAGAGGGACGUCGUCCUCCUCGGCUUCUACUCCCGGCGCGCCCGGCUUCAUCGCCACUUCCUCCUGCACGACAGGCAAGACGGACAGUACCAGCCGUCGCGUGACAUCUGCCUGCAGUCGGCGCGGACUGUGCUCUCCAUCGCCACGAGCAUCCUUCGCGCCGCCUCGCGGGGCAGGGAACCCGGCGCCGCGGGAAGCGAGAAGACGGCGGGCUGCCGCAUGGGUUGCAUCAUCGGGCACAUGUUCAUGGCGUGUACGAUCCUGGCUCUAAACGCCGGGUCGGAUGCCGGUUGUGCUGGUCUGGGGGACGAUGGGAGCGAUGCGACGGCGACGACGGAGACGCACGCCGAGGUUGCGCAGGCUUGCCGCGACCUGGCUUCGGUGGGGGGGGAGUCGGCGGUGGCGGGGACGCUCGUCCGCAACCUUGUGGGCGUGCUCCGCCGGUAUCGCGUCCAAGGAGUGGAGGACGUUGAGUCGGCGACGUGCCGUACGAACUCACCUGGUGGCAGAGAUAGACCGAGUGAGGUCGGCGAAGAGAACAUGGCAUGUGGCAGGGGGAAGGGCGGUGACACCAGCGGAUAUGACAUUGGAUACUCCGACACGCUGGGCGAUGGCGAUGAUCUCGGCCUCGACGGGCUCUGGAACGACAUUCUGGUCGACACGACCACGUCCGGAUGGGACCAACUGUUUGCAGGACUCGACACAUACUGCGGCCCGACCUGA